AUGGAACGAGUCGUGAUAGUCGGAGCAGGUCUCUACGGUCUCAUCGCGGCCAAGACGUAUCUGCAAAUUAUGGGAGCAUUUGAUGAUAAAAGCACAGCCAAAAGUACCGAUGAAAUCGCUGAAAUUCCUGCCUAUUUUACAGAGAGCAUCGAUGCUCCCCCAGCAGCCUCCUUCGAAAGUCGUCUUCUUGUGAUCGACUCUGCUUCGGAUAUUGGGGGCACUUGGGCUGAGGAGAGACUUUACCCAAAUUUGUUGAGCCAGAACUCAUAUGGACUUUAUGAAUUCAGUGAUCUGCCUCUUUCCGACGUUGUUCCAGAGAAAGAUGCGGAUAAUACACAUAAUCAGUUCAUUGCAGGCUGGAAGAUCAACCGAUAUCUUCGUGCAUGGGUUAAGAAAUGGCAGCUCGAAGAACACAUACGAUUGAACUGGACGGUUGACAACAUCAGCCGUCUAGACACCAAAGAGUGGAAGCUAAACAUCAGUGUUUCCACGUCCCCGGGUCGCCAUAUCACCAUUAUCUGCGACAAGUUGGUACUGGCUACAGGACUUACCUCGGUACCAAAUUUACCCAACACAAAGGGAUCAUCAAUGGCCUCCGAUAACCCUGCUCCCGUCAUCCAUGCCAAGGAUAUUGGCGACUGGGCAAGAAAAUACUUAGGAUAUCAGCCACUCAAAGCAACCAAGCCCGAGACUGUUAGCAUUCCAGUCAUAGAGUCUUGUUUCCCACAACUGCGAUCGGUGGCUAUUUAUGGGGGUGCAAAAUCAGCCUUUGAUCUAGUGCAUUUUUUCGCGACUCUACAUCGCAACCAGCCAAAGCUGCACCUCAAGUCUACACAGAAAGAUCUGGUCCAAGUACACUGGAUCAUCCGGGAUCGAGGUGUGGGGCCCGCGUGGAUGGUACCGCCAAUGUCCACUCUCCUGAAAGGAGAAACCGUUGCAAGCGACAAGGCUGCGAGCAGCCGACUUCUCACCCAUCUCAACCCAUGCUGCUACAAGACACCAAAACGUCUGUCUCUGGGACCUUGUGGGGGUCUGCACUGGGAGGGCUCAUGGCUAGCGCGGUUGUUCCAUGGCAAUCCAAUUGGCCGAUGGUGGAUUCGUUGGCUCUGGCGAUCGGUUGAUAAAGGCUUGGAGGACAUGGCGCAGUAUGGUUCAGAUCCGAAAAUGGAAAAGCUUCGCCCAGAGAACAGUGUUGUCUCGUGCGCAUCGGGCAUUGGCAUUGCAAAUCAAGGAGACCUCUGGGAAACGAUUAGAUUGCCACAUGUCAACGUGCACCGAUCAGCCAUCAUGGAGAUAGUCGCCACCAGGCCAGAGAAAACCGCAGAUUCACCCACAAAGGCCUCUGUGCAUUUGGCGGACAGCAGUUGUAUCGAGCAAGUUGACCUGAUUAUCUACGCGACCGGAUAUAAGCCAAUAGUUCCGAUUCGGUUUGAACCUGCAAGUCUCCGUCUAGAACUGGGGCUGUCAGCUUUGGUGGACUCAGGGGGCGAGGAAAUUCGCCAGAGUCCCGAAAUUCCAGCAGAAACACCGGAACGAAUCAAUGGACCACUGGAAACUACCAUCAAUAGCCGUAUCCAACACUGGGAAGAUCUAGAUCGACGUUCUGAGAUCAUGAUCCGGAAGACUUUAAAUGCGACGAGAUGCGCUCUCACAGAUCGGAAUCCUCUCUCAUGGGCCGAACCUCACAAGCUGGUGCCAUAUCGGCUAUUCCGCCGUAUGGUUGCACCCGAGUUAGUCGCACGAGGCGACCGCUCCUUUGCAACGCUCGGUGUUAUUCUAUCAUCAACUAUAGCCGUUGUUGCAGAGGUCCAAGCUCUUUGGGUGGCGGCAUUCUUAACAGGAGGACUCGACUCCCCCGUGGACAUGACUUCAACCCCAAACCGGGCUCUCUCGCUUGGAAAAAUUUCGGUUGAGGAUAUGGAGAAUGCUAUCUCCGAGGAUGUGGUCCUAGGUUCGUUGACGGGAACUGGCCUUGAAGUUGAGGCAAUUCAGGUAUUUUUGCUGCACGAAAUCAAGGGUGUAUCGUAA